AUGGCAUCAGCCUUGCAGGCUGCUCACCGUGAAGACAUGGCUGCCCUGGUCGGUGCGCUUCAAAAGACCUCAGGGAGUAAGGGACAAUCUUGCUUUGGCUGUGGUAAAGAAGGUCAUUUUAAAAGAGAGUGCCCCAACCAGGCCAAGAAUGCCCCAGCAAUUCCUACAGCCCCUAAUUUGCUUGCACGCCCUGCCCCCAAUGUAAGAAGUGGUGCCAUUGGGCCAAGGAUUACAAAUCCAAGUUCAGCCUUCAGGUCAACAUCCUGGGAAAUGGCCAACUGGCAGCCCUGGACUGAUCCUGAUGGCAACUGUGGGGAGGUGCCCCCUCUGGUCGUGUCUGACCUAACGGCAAACCUCCUAGGUCAGGAUAUACUUGGAAAAGCUGAGGCUUAUAUCACCACUGAAACUAUAGAAAGCAGUCCUCGACAACUGGUGUCAUUUGAAGACGUCGCUGUGGACUUCACCUGGCAAGAGUGGCAGCACCUGGAUGUUGUUCAGCGAAACCUCUACAGAGAUGUGAUGCUGGAGAACUACAGCAACCUGAUAUUCUUGGGGAACUGUAUGACAAAACCAGACUUGAUCUUCAAGUUGGAGCAUGGAUUUGCACCAUGGACUGUAUUAGAAUGCUCAAUUCAGAGGCUUCCAGAAUUGAAAACUCAACACAAAAUGCAGUGGACAGAGACUGAUGAUUUUAAACAAUUCCAGAACACUGUUUACCAGAAGUUACAUCAGACAUGUUAUCAAGGAACAAACACAGGUGACAAGCUGUUUGAAUGUAGGACAACUUUUAUCUCCAAGUCACACCUCAGUGAUCAUCAGAGAUCUCAAACAGCUUACAUCACCCAGUCACCUCUCACUGUGCAUCAUCAAGCACACACAGGGAAAGCUUUCAUCUCCAAGUCACAACUCCCCAGUCAUCAGAUAACUCACAUAGGAGAGAAGCCAUAUGAAUGUAUUGAAUGUGGAAAUGGUUUCAUCUGCAAGGCACAGGUCACUAAUCAUCAGAGAACUCACACAGGUAAGAAACCAUAUAGAUGUAUUGAAUGUGGAAAACGCUUCACCUCUAAUUCAGAUCUUAUUAGGCAUCAGAGAAGUCACGCAGGUGAGAAGCCAUAUGAAUGUACUGAAUGUGGGAAAGAGUUCAUCUACAAGUCACGUCUUAUUAGGCAUCAGAGAACUCACACAGGUAAGAAGCCAACUGAAUGUGGGAAAGCCUUCAUCCACAAGUCAGGCCUCACUAAUCAUCAGAGAACUCACACAGCUGAGAAGCCAUGUGAAUGUACUGUUUGUCAGAAAGCUUACAACUCCAAGUCACACCUAAUGAAUCAUUGCAGUACUCAUACAGGUGAAACACCAUAUAAAUGUACUGAAUGUGGGAAAGCUUUUAUCACCAAUUCACAGCUCACUAGUCAUCAGAGAACCCACCGAGGUGAUAAACGAUAUAAAUGUGUUCAAUGUGGAAAAGGCUUCAUCCACAAGGGAGAUUUCACAAAACAUCAGAGAAGUCACACAGGUGAGAAGCCAUAUGAAUGUACUGAAUGCGGGAAAGCCUUUGUCAGCAAGUCACAUCUUAAUAGGCAUCAGAAAAGUCACACAGGUGAAAAGCCAUAUAAUUGUACUAAGUGUCAGAAAGCUUACAUCUCCAAGUCAGACCUAAUGAUUCAUUGGAGAAUUCACACAGGUGAAAAGCCAUAUGAAUGUACUGAAUGUGGGAAAGCCUUCAUCACCAGUUCACAGCUCACUAUUCAUCAGAGAACCCACACAGGUGAUAAACCAUAUAAAUGUAUUCAAUGUGGAAAAGGCUUCAUCCGCAGGGGAGAUCUCACAAAUCAUGAAAGAAGACACAAAGGUGAGAAGCCAUAUGUAUGUACUGAAUGUGCAAAAGCUUUUAUCUCCCAGUCACAUCUUACUAGGCAUCAGAGAAUUCACACAAUUGAUAAAUCAUAUAAAUGUACUGAAUGUGGGAAAUCUUUCAUCUGCAAGUCACAUCUUAUUAGGCAUCAAAGUACUUACACAGGUGAAAAACCAUGUGAAUGA